GAGGCGGCGCGGCGCGGUGCGGCGCAGGCGGGCGGCUCCACCUCCGCAGUUCCGACGCCCUGCCCUAGAUUGAUUUGCUGACGGAGAGUGGGGUCCUCUCCUCUGCUUCUCGCAGGAGUCGCAGUGCCCGCAGCAGCGGCCCGCAGCGGGACGCGGUCCCCGCAGCCCGGCGCGUAGGCGGGAUGUCGGUGGUGGGCAUCGACCUCGGCUUCCUCAACUGCUACAUCGCGGUGGCGAGGAGCGGCGGCAUCGAGACCAUCGCCAACGAGUACAGCGACAGGUGCACGCCGGCCUGUAUAUCUUUGGGAUCCAGAACUCGAGCCAUUGGAAAUGCAGCCAAGAGCCAGAUAGUCACAAAUGUAAGAAAUACAAUUCAUGGCUUCAAAAAGCUUCAUGGGCGAUCAUUUGAUGACCCCAUUGUGCAAACCGAGAGAGUCAAGCUUCCCUAUGAGCUGCAGAAGAUGCCCAAUGGAAGUGCAGGAGUUAAGGUUCGGUACCUGGAGGAAGAGAGGCCCUUUGCGAUUGAGCAAGUCACUGGGAUGUUGUUGGCUAAGCUUAAAGAGACCUCAGAAAAUGCCCUGAAGAAGCCAGUGGCCGACUGUGUGAUCUCGAUCCCGAGCUUUUUCACCGAUGCAGAGCGACGGUCCGUGAUGGCGGCAGCUCAGGUUGCAGGCCUGAAUUGUCUGAGGCUGAUGAACGAAACCACUGCAGUUGCACUGGCAUAUGGAAUUUAUAAACAGGAUCUUCCCUCAUUAGAUGAGAAACCAAGGAAUGUUGUGUUUAUCGACAUGGGACAUUCUGCCUAUCAGGUCUCCAUUUGUGCUUUUAACAAAGGAAAACUUAAAGUGUUGGCUACUACCUUUGACCCAUAUCUGGGUGGCAGGAACUUUGAUGAGGCUUUAGUGGACUACUUCUGUGAUGAAUUCAAGACCAAAUAUAAGAUAAAUGUCAAGGAGAACUCUCGGGCCUUGUUGCGGCUGUAUCAGGAGUGCGAGAAACUGAAGAAGCUGAUGAGUGCAAAUGCAUCAGAUCUUCCCUUGAACAUCGAGUGUUUCAUGAAUGACCUUGAUGUUUCUAGUAAGAUGAACAGGGCUCAGUUUGAACAGUUGUGUGCUUCGCUCUUGGCCAGGGUUGAACCACCUUUAAAAGCAGUAAUGGACCAAGCUAACUUACAACGUGAAGACAUAAACAGCAUAGAAAUUGUAGGAGGGGCCACUCGGAUUCCUGCAGUCAAGGAGCAGGUCACUAGGUUCUUCCUGAAAGACAUCAGUACCACCCUCAAUGCUGAUGAAGCCGUCGCCAGAGGGUGUGCAUUGCAGUGUGCGAUUCUGUCACCAGCAUUUAAAGUGCGUGAAUUUUCGAUAACAGACCUUGUUCCCUACUCAAUCACAUUAAGGUGGAAGACUUCUUUUGAAGAAGGGACUGGGGAAUGUGAAGUCUUCUCUAAGAACCAUCCUGCCCCAUUCUCAAAGGUCAUAACUUUCCACAAGAAGGAACCAUUUGAACUAGAAGCAUUUUAUACUAAUUUGCAUGAAGUGCCUUAUCCUGACCCAAGAAUUGGGAACUUCACUAUUCAGAAUGUCUUCCCACAGUCUGACGGUGAUAGUUCUAAAGUAAAAGUUAAAGUCCGUAUUAACAUCCAUGGAAUCUUCAGUGUGGCCAGUGCAUCAGUGAUCGAGAAGCAGAAUCUGGAAGGCGAUCACAGUGACGCUGCUAUGGAGACAGAAGUCUCAUCCAAGAAUGAAAGCAAAGAUGACGUGGACAAAAUGCAAGUUGACCAAGAAGAAGGAGGUCAUCAAAAAGGUCAUGCUGAGCACACCCCAGAAGAGGAGAUUGACCACACAGGGGCCAAAGCGAAGUCACCUCCUUCAGACAAGCAAGACCGCAUAAAUCAGACUAUUAAAAAAGGGAAAGUCAAGAGUAUUGAUCUACCCAUCCAAAGUAGCCUGUACAGACAACUGACCCAAGAUCUUCUCAAUAGCUACAUUGAAAAUGAGGGGAAGAUGAUAAUGCAGGAUAAGUUAGAGAAGGAAAGAAAUGAUGCUAAAAAUGCCGUUGAAGAAUACGUCUAUGAUUUCAGAGACAAACUGGGCACUGUCUAUGAAAAGUUCAUCACUCCAGAAGACAUGAAUAAACUAUCUGCAUUAUUGGAAGACACAGAAAAUUGGCUUUAUGAAGAAGGAGAGGACCAACCUAAACAAAUUUAUGUGGAUAAGCUUCAGGAGCUAAAGAAAUAUGGCCAGCCCAUUCAAAUGAAGUAUGUGGAGCAUGAAGAGAGGCCCAAAGCUUUAAACGACUUGGGCAAAAAGAUUCAGCUUGUCCUGAAAGUGAUAGAAGCACACAGAAACAAGGAUGAAAGGUAUGAUCAUUUGGAUCCUGCUGAAAUGGAAAAAGCUGAAAAGUACAUCAGUGACUCCAUGAAUUGGUUGAACAGUAAGAUGAAUGCACAGAACAAAUUAAGUCUUACUCAAGAUCCUGUGGUAAAAGUAUCAGAAAUAGUUGCAAAGUCAAAGGAACUGGAUAAUUUCUGUAACCCCAUCGUUUAUAAGCCCAAACCAAAAGUAGAAGUUCCUGAAGACAAAGCAAAAGCUAACAGUGAACACAAUGGACCAAUGGAUGGACAGAGUGGUACAGAGACCAACCCAGAUCCAGCAAAAGGCAGCUCACAGCACACUGAGUCUGGAGAGAUGGACGUGGACUAAGUUCAUGUACUUCCAACAGUGGGAUAACUACAGGGUCCAUUCACCCUUUACACCCGGUACACACAACAUAUGUUCAGUUGUUCUUAACUACUUUUGUCAUUUGUUUUUUGGAGUAGUUUUGAAAAGUGUCUGUAUUGAGUGCACUGUUGAUGCCCAUUGCUGCUGUGAAGCUUUAGCUGAAUAUAGAUGUACAAAUGAGUUUGAGCUCUUCUCACAUACUUUGUGUCAGUAUGCAGGACUGCUAUGUAGUCGGAAUCCAUCUCCCUUAGUCACAGCUUGUACUUGCAUAGCCCUCAGCUCCUCUAUGCAGGAAGGGAUACUGCAUUGCUCUUUGGUUGCAGAGACAGGGGGUUGAAUACAUUGUUAUUGUGAAAAAAAUUGAAUUUCAUGUGGUUUAGAGCCACCAGCACUGACCUUUUCCUAGUUUCCAUAUUGUUAUCAUUUAAAUAUUAAAACAAAUGAGAGGUUCUGACAUACUAGUCCAUCUCACUGGCGCGCCUCAAGAACUCCAGUCUUGUUAUCACAUAAAUGAACUUAAUGAGUCAGAAACAGUGCACAGUUUGACAUUCAGAUGACACCAGCAUUUGCUGCUUUUGUUAGUAGAAUGGAUUGAUGUUUUCUCAGAGUAACUUUUCACUUGAAACUGUUGAUUUACUUGUCCUAAAGACCAGCUGCUGCUACACCAACUCUAAGCCUAUACCUUCAUGUUUUGGGGAAGCACUGUUGACCUGUUUAGAUGUGCACCUGGGUUGCUGACAGGCUUAGUUCAGUUUUUAUAGUUGUGUUGGUUUUCUUAAUUGAUUUGUGUUAAUAAUACCUUAAUCUGGGGUAGGGGGAAAUUGCACACUGCAUUGCAUUAUAUAUACCUAUCACUGAUUUAAUGUUCCAAUGUAGAUAGGCACUAUUAAAUAAGCAGUAAUUCCUGAAAAGGAGUACCUGUACAAUAAGUCUUAGAAAAUGAUGCUUGUAAUAAACAUAACUGUGUUACAUCAGUAGGUAAAAUACAUAAUGUUACAUAGUGUAAUAUGAUAUGAUGUGAUUAAAUUAUAGUUCCUGCUGUUAAAUUGCCUUUUGAAACUUG